AUGAGAGUGUGGAGCGGUCCUCUGCAUGAGAGUGUGGAGCGCGGUCCUCUGCAUGAGAGUGUGGAGCGCGGUUUGCAUGAGAGUAUGUAUGAGAUGUUUGGUAUCAUUAGAGACCUGGGUGCCAUCGCUCAGGUUCACGCUGAGAACGGAGACAUCAUUGACGAGGAGCAGAAGCGACUACUGGAGCUGGGGAUCACUGGGCCUGAGGGACAUGUGAUGUGUCACCCAGAGGAGGUGGAGACAGAGGCAGUGUACCGGGCCAUCACCAUCGCCAAGCAGGCCAACUGUCCUCUCUACAUCACCAAGGUGAUGAGCAAGUCGGCUGCUGAUGUCAUCGCCAAGGCCAGGAAGAAGGGUAUGGUGGUUUAUGGCGAGCCAAUCACAGCCAGCCUUGGGACAGACGGAUCACACUAUUGGAGUAAGAACUGGGCUAAGGCAGCAGCGUUCGUCAUGUCCCCGCCCCUCAGCCCAGACCCCAGCACCCCUGACUACCUCAACUCCCUGCUUUCCUGUGGAGACCUUCAGGUGACGGCCAGUGGCCACAGCACCUUCUCGACGGCCCAGAAGGCUGUUGGGAAAGACAACUUCACCCUCAUCCCUGAGGGAACUAACGGCAUCGAGGAGAGGCUAGCCAUCGUCUGGGAGAAGGCUGUGGCGACAGGCAAAAUGGAUGAGAAUGACUUUGUUGCGGUGACGAGCACCAACGCUGCCAAGCUGUUCAACCUGUAUCCUCGUAAAGGAAGGAUCGCUGUGGGGUCAGACGCAGACAUCGUGAUCUGGAACCCCAAGGAGACCAAGACCAUCUCAGCCGCGACCCACGCACUGACAGUGGAGAUUAACAUCUUUGAGGGCAUGGAGGUCCGGGGAGCCCCGGUGGUGGUGAUCAGCCAGGGGAAGACUGUCCUGGAGGGGGGAAAGCUGAACGUCACAGAGGGCUCUGGACGCUUCGUACCCAGAAAGGCUUAUCCUGACUUCAUCUACAAGAGGAUCAAAGCACGCAGCAAGAUGGCUGAUGCCCGUGGCGUCCCCCGAGGGAACUAUGAUGGACCGGUCCAUGAUGUCAUCAGCAUGACUAAGUCAGUGCCGGCCACUCCCUCCAGCAGGGGGCCCCAGUGCCCAGGGAAGGGCCCCCUCGGCCCCACCAGGAACCUGCACCAGUCUGGUUUCACCCUAUCCGGAACUCAGAUUGACGACCACAUCCCACGACGCUCAGCACAGAGGAUCGUGGCGCCACCCGGUGGCCGCUCCAAUAUCACCUCCUUGUCGUGAACCUGGGAGCUCCUUGCUCCUCACGUCUGCUGUAGGGAGAAAAAUAAAUCAACUACUGUAGCAACAACCAACUACAUCAAUCAAAACAAAUCUCACCCGGCUUCCAGAACUAAACUCAACAGUGAAACCUGAACAUGCAAUCCUCUUCUCAGAUACAACUGUAAAACAGUACACAGCAUAGAACUACAUUUACCACUAGUAGUUACCACCAGUAUACAGCAUAGAACUACAAUUACCACUAGUAGUUACCAGUCAUUCUAUUUCUAUGGUAGACACACCAACUGAUAAAACCCACUAACUUAGUACUUUGAUCUGUUAUCCUUUAUCAAUAUUGUGAUCAAUUCCUCAAUCAAUUUAUCUCAUCACCCAUCAAUAGUCAACUGUCCCUGUCAGACCUCCAUAGCAUGCAGCUUAAACAGUCUCUGUCUCCUCAGUCAGACAACCGUCUCUCUCAUCGUCUCCUCAGCUUCACUAUAGCUUUACUAACAUGGUGAUACAUGAGUCCUAGAUGAAAGUAGUUCUCUUUAGACCACAGAAUGCCUCUCAGCUCUCUCUCUCUCGUCGUAGUGAUGCCUGCUUCUGCUUUCGCUUCAGUGCUUCUAAGAAACUCUGUAGUUGAGUCCAACAUGGAACUCUAUUCCCUAGAUAGCGCACUACUUUUGUCCUCUAGUGCACUAUCUAGGGAAUAGAGGGCCAUUUCAGACUGACGCGAACUUGUUGUCUCUCUCUGUUGUUAUUUAGUCAUGGCCGUAGGCUAUUUAGGCUUCAUCUUACCGUCUCUUACUGUUAUAUGCAUGACUUUUCCUCUUCAUCGUUACUCAUUACAAAUACAACAAGGAAAACAAGUGCGUAUUACUGUUACUGUGAACAGACUGUAGGGACAGUCCUCUAGUCACGCUUGUCUUACUAUUAUUAUGAUGUUUUAUCCCAAUGCAGGUGAGCUAACUUUGCUUCCGUGGUAUAUUAAGUCAGUCAGAAUAGGAACUUCACCAAUCCUUCUAUUCAGUCAGAAUAAGAACUUCACCAAUCCUUCUAUUCAGUCAGAAUAAGAACUUCACCAAUCCUUCUAUUCAGUCAGAGUAAGAACUUCACCAAUCCUUCUAUUCAGUCAGAAUAAGAACAUCACCAAUCCUUCUAUUCAGUCAGAGUAAGAACUUCACCAAUCCUUCUAUUCAGUCAGAAUAGGAACUUCACCAAUCCUCCUAUUCAGUCAGUCAGAAUAAGAACUUCACCAAUCCUUCUAUUCAGUCAGUCAGAAUAAGAACUUUACCAAUCCUUCUAAUCAGUCAGUCAGAAUAAGAACUUCACCAAUCCUUCUAUUCAGUCAGUCAGAGUAAGAACUUCACCAAUCCUUCUAUUCAGUCAGUCAGAGUAAGAACUUCACCAAUCAUUCUAUUCAGUCAGUCAGAAUAAGAACUUCACCAAUCCUUCUAAUCAGUCAGUCAGAAUAAGAACUUCACCAAUCCUUCUAUUCAGUCAGAAUAAGAACUUCACCAAUCCUUCUAUUCAGUCAGUCAGAAUAGGAACUUCACCAAUCCUUCUAUUCAGUCAGUCAGAAUAAGAACUUCACCAAUCCUUCUAUUCAGUCAGAAUAUCCUUCUAUUCAGUCAGUCAGAAUAGGAACUUCACCAAUCCUUCUAUUCAGUCAGUCAGAAUACGAACGUCACCAAUCCGUCUAUUCAGUCAGAGUAGGAACUUCACCAAUCCUUCUAUUCAGUCAGAAUAAGAACUUCACCAAUCUUUCUAUUCAGUCAGUCAGAAUAAGAACUUCACCAAUCCUUCUAUUCAG